GGAAGCACGGCCACCGCUGCGCUGCCGGAGAGCGGGUCUUCCCUGGCCUUGCGAGCCCUGGGCUGGGGCUCGCUGUGUGCAUGGUGCGGGGUUGGCGUGAUCAGCUUCGCGGUCUGGAAAGCGUUAGGAGUUCACAGUGAUCUGGGUCGGUUGGCAUGGCCUGCGCCAUCAGCGUCCUGAUGCGAGGCCUGAGUGACGAGCUCGCCCUGGUGGAUGUGAACGAAGGCAGGCUGAAGGGCGAGACGAUGGACCUCCAACACGGCAGUCUUUUCGUGAAAAUGCCCAAAAUCGUUUCCAGCAAAGAUUACCAAGUCACGGCCAACUCCAGCCUGGUGAUCAUCACGGCGGGUGUGCGCCAGAAAAAGGGAGAGACGCGCCUUGACCUCGUCCAGCGCAACCUGGCCAUCUUCAAGCUGAUGAUUUCUGACAUCAUGACGCACAGUCCAAACUGCAAGGUGAUCAUCGUUUCCAACCCGGUGGAUAUCUUAACUUACGUCACCUGGAAGCUGAGCGGAAUUCCCCAGACCCGCGUGAUCGGAAGCGGCUGCAAUUUGGACACCGCCCGUUUCCGGUAUCUGAUCGGCCAGAAGCUCGGCAUCCACGCCGGAAGCUGCCAGGGGUGGGUGCUGGGCGAGCACGGGGACUCGUGCGUCCCGGUGUGGAGUAGCGUCAGCGUCGCGGGCGUCCCGCUGAGGGACCUGAACGCGCAGCUAGGGACCGACCAGGACCCCGAGCGCUGGAAAGAUGUCCACAAGGAGGUGGUCUCCAGCGCCUAUGAGAUCAUCAAAAUGAAAGGCUACACCUCCUGGGCCAUCGGCCUUUCCGUGGCUGACCUGGCGGAAAGUCUUCUGCGGGACCUUCGGAGAGUGCAUCCGGUGUCCACCAUAGUGAAGGGUCUCUACGGCAUCCGCGAGGAGGUGGCCCUCAGUGUCCCCUGCGUCCUGGGCGCGGACGGGAUCGCAGGCCUGGUCCAGGUGAAGCUGACCCCCGAGGAGGAGGCCCGCCUGAAGAAGAGCGCGGAGACGCUGUGGGGGAUCCUGCGGGCCCUCGAGGUGUGAGCCUCCGGGAAACACCUGCUGAGGGUGCCCAGGAAGAGACGUCCCCACGGCCGUCACUUAGAGGCCCGCGGAAGAGCGACUGACUGCCCUGUUUAUUUAGCCCCCAGCUCUGUCGUUUAACGUCCGGUUUUGAGUUUUUUAACAGUCCCUAAGUGAAUGCAUCAAAGGUUUUUGUUUGUUUUUUCUGCCACUAAUACACCAAUACUUACCUUGAAUUUAUAUGUAGUUGCCAUUUGGUCCAAAAGAAUGUGGGGUGUAGGUGUUUAUUGUGUUGUAGAAAUUUAUUCUUUUCAUUAAGCACAUGUUAAUUCUUUCAUUCUCACUAGCUUAUGUACUAUUUUCACAAACUAUUUUUAAAGUUACAGCUUUCUCUGCAGUGAAAAAUAAAUGUACAGAAGUACUUU